AUGCACGUCGCAUCCAUGAAGCAGAGCUUUCGAAGAAAGGUCCAAGAGGCUUACGAGCCACAGGGCGUGCUUGUGACCUGGCCUUCCUGGGACGCGCACGUGAAAGGUCAGAGGGACGAUGUGAUCGGAUACAAGGACAUGCUCCUCCUCGGGAGUUGUAACGUCACUGUCGUCCCGACUGGUGGUUCCACUUUCAGCUACGCUGCGACGGCGAUGUAUCAUACCGUCAGCUUAAGAGAUGCCGGAGGUCCGAAGAGGAACUGCGGCGAGCUGCAACGCUGGCCCUACGAGCGUUUGUUCCCGGAACCACGUCAACAGCUUGACCUCGACCGCAAGUGCCGCAAGCACUCGAAGGCACAUCCAAGAGGGCAGCCGCAGUGUUCUGACGGCGGAUCAAAACUAUUCUCGUGGGUCCUCCAGUCUUUUGGAAUGCUUUUCCUUCCGGCAGAGCCGCAGCGCAACUCUCGAGGCUCCUGUUGCCGUGACUUCCGGCUCAAGCUCUGCGUAGACUUUUUACAACUCUGA